AUGGGUUCCGAUCCCCAAUAUGCGAAGUAUCCUCUCCUCCCUCUCGCCCAGCACAUCUUCACUCUCACCAACCCUUCUUCGCCCAAAACCAUCCAGCAAACAUCCCUAAAGAGCCUACAAGAUGCAAUCGCCGAGCACAAGAUGGCGCCGUUAUACCGGUAUCUGGCCCACCCUUCAGAAGGCAUCCUCAACGCCACCGGGGUAAGCUCUACGCAUUCUACAAAGCCGCCUGGACGAAAAGCUAGCGCUGCUGGUAUGGUGGCAAGCAAGAACUCAAUACCCAAGAUCGACCUACCGUGGGACGAGGCUCUAUAUGAGAAGUUGAAGAAGGAGAAUGACGAGGAGUUGGAGGCGUUUAAGAAGGAGGAAGAGGAGGCGGAAGAGAAGGCUGGGGAAACCGAAGUACAGGCUGCUAGAGGAAAGCGUGCGGAGUUCUGGGCUCGAGUUGGAGACAAGGACCAAUCGAUUGCAGCCUACGAAGAGGUAUUCGAAAAGACAGGCGUUUUGGGAACGAAGAUUGAUCUCGUGCUCGCUAUCAUUCGAAUGGGUCUAUUUUACGGCGACAAGUUAUUGGUGAAGAAGCAUGUGGAUCGGGCGAAGGCGUUGGUUGAGAGUGGAGGAGACUGGGACCGAAGGAAUCGAUUAAAGGCAUACCAGGGACUCUAUCUCCUCACAGCUCGAUCCUACAACUUGGCCGCUCCUCUCCUUCUCGACAGUCUUUCUACUUUCACUAGCUACGAACUUUGCUCCUACUCUUCCCUCGUCGUCUAUGCCGUCUUGGCUGGAUCUGUUUCGUUAAAGCGAGUCGAUUUUAAGACAAAGGUUGUUGAUGCGCCAGAGAUCAAGGCUAUUCUAGGUGAUGGCGAUGACAAGCUUGAUGCGCUUUCGGGGGCGAUUUCAGCUGGUCCAGGAGCUGAUGAGGAGAUGGAGGAUGUCUCUUCAGCAACACCAUCAGGUGCCAGAACCGUCGUCAACCUCACCACCCUCGGAAGCGACCAACCAGAGGCUGAAGUCGCGGUCGAUUUUUCGCCGCUUGCACAGCUUGUGAGCAGUCUGUACACUGGGAGUUACCGUGACUUCUUUGGUGCUUUGGCAGCUGUGGAGGUCAACUUUCUAAGCCAGGACCGAUACCUUUACGAGCACAGAGGUUGGUUUGUUAGAGAGAUGCGUCUUCGUGCUUACCAACAACUGCUGCAAAGCUAUCGUGUUGUUGGGCUUGAGAGUAUGGCUAAUGACUUUGGCGUUUCCGUGGAUUUCUUGGACCGUGAUCUGGCCAAGUUCAUUGCCGCAGAACGCAUUCCGUGUACUAUCGACCGUGUGACUGGAAAGGGUAUUAUCGAGACCAACAGACCCGACUCCAAGAACAAGCAAUAUAACGAUGUGGUUAAGCAGGGUGAUCAGCUUAUCACCAAGCUACAGAAGUACGGUCAAGCGGUCAGGUUGAGAGGUAGCGAGAGAGCGUAA